AAUUAUUAUUUUCCUAUCAUCUAUCCUUUCUUGUUCCUAUCAUGGAGAGCUCCAAAAUUCCAUCUCAAAACCCUAUUCCAAAUCCAAUACCUAAUCAAGAAAAAACCAUGGAAAAUGGAAAGAAGAAGAAACCCAUCAAUGGAAGAAAAUAUCUUGGAGUAAGGCAGAGACCUUCAGGAAGAUGGGUAGCUGAAAUCAAAGAUUCUUCACAAAAACUAAGGCUAUGGUUAGGUACUUUUGAUUCAGCUGAAGAAGCUGCUUUCACUUAUGAUAGUGCAGCUAGGUUACUUAGAGGGAGAAAUGCAAAAACUAAUUUUCCUUGCGAAAAUCAUGGAAACACGGCGACGAAGACGACGACGAUGAUGAAGAAUAAUAAUAAUAAUACCCACCAAGAAAAUUACAAGUUAUUUGGGAAAAACCCUAGAUUAUGUCAACUUCUUCAGCAUGCAGUAUUGAAGAACCAUGGAAGAUCAUUAUUACAAUCUAGUCAUAAUAAUACAAGUUCUUUAACGGAUCAAAGGUUAUUCAAUUUCGAUUCGCUUGUUGAAGAUACUAUAAUUUGUUCUUCUUCUUCUUCAGAAGAUCGUGAUCAUGAAGAUGGUGGUAACAAUAAGAUUUGUGAAUUAUCAUUUGGUAGCUGUAAGGUUUAUUCUUCUGUGGUUGUAGCUCCUUCUUUUAGUUCUUCUUUAUGUCAAGUAGAAGAAAAUAAUUGCAAAGAGGUUUAGCAUAGUUAUGGCAUAUUGGCAUGCAUAGAUCAAUUAAUUUACUUCUUCAUGCAAUUAUUAGCUUGUUGUAAAUAUAAUUUUAUUUUUCUGACCGUCGGUCACUGAUUAUUUCUGGCAUGCAUAGAUCAAGAAAUAUAUGUGGUGUAUGAUUUUCUGGCCGUCGGUCACUGAUUAUUUCCGGUUGUCUUCCUACCUUUUCUAACAUUAUUUUUAUUUUUUAA